ACUGCAUUCCUCCGCUUCCACUCAGAUCGACUGGCUGGAGGCCGAACAUCCUGACUGCUCCAAAGGGCUUUACAUCAGCAAACUUGUUGUCACCAUGGCAACAAAGCCAGUGGCCUGGCAGGAACAGGGUACUGUCAGCUCACAAGACAAGUGGGUCAAGGAGUUCUGGGUGCAAGGUGAAGUGGGCGCAACCAUUAACCACAACUCCCCUGUGCAAGACAGAAAGGCUCCCAGGGCAGAACCUGAAGAGGACAUAGACGUCCUGGAGCUCGGAGCUCGAGACCGAACACUGCAAGAGAACCAACUGCCCUCAAGAACCGAAACAUCUGAUGCAACCAAAUCGGAAAAUCAGGAAUCUGCAAGAAUUAGUCCGUGUAUCCCCAGAACGACACAAGAGAUGGUAAAAGAAUUGGUUGCCCAGCUAUCCCAGGAGGAGCCAGUUGAUCCACGUGAGGAGGCUUUCCCACCUCCUCCCCUCAGUGCUUCAUCAACCGAGGAAUGCUUUGAGAAAGAGAGCCUUUCCUGCCGAGAGGGGGAGGUGGCUGAGAUCAUGUCGGACCCAACAGAGGACCUUACGUCUCCUGAUAGCCACAAUAGUCAAGAAUGGCCGCCUCUUCUCUCUGAGCCAGUUAAUAGAGAAGUAGAUGCAUCAUCGGAGGAGAUGAAAACAGAGGAGAACGGCACACAGCGGAACUUCUCACCGGAUGGUUUUGACGACAGUGAACCUGAAAAUAAUACAUCAGCGGCUGCAGCUGUCGGAUCAAAUUCAACUGCUCAUCAUUCUCCCUUUGACGGAAACAACCCAGAUGAUGUGUUCACUGUGUGCUCUCCUCCUUUUGCUGAUGAAAGCGAGGAAGAAGAGGAAGUGAGCAUGCAUAUUAAGUCUUGUCAACAUCAAUGGACUACACUAGAUAUCAGAGGCAAGCAUUCCCACCCUUCACAUUCUGCCAAUAUCUCAGUUUCAACUAAACAAGACCCAACGUCAACCCUGCCUGCAUUGUUCUCAGCCAAACAGCAGGAGGAGCUGUUGCCCCAGAGCCAAAGUGAGCUCGCCCCCAGGGGAGCAACCCAGGAAGCGGCACAACAGGUGCUCGGCCAGAGCUCUUCACCUUUGUCGACCGUUGCCAUGGAGCCGUCCAAUCGGGGCGGGGCAGGCUCUGGUUGUGCUGUAGCUGCGAGAGAAAGGCACAGCAGGGUGGGGGACAGUAGGGAGGGAGGAAGCGAGCAAACAGGUGGAGAGGGAGAGCAGAAAGGGAGUGGACUUGAAAGGAACAAGGCGGUUGAGCAGCAACACGGCGGAGGACUGUUAAAAUAUUCAAAAACCGUCCAAACGCAAAAGGUGAAGACGGCAGAACAGAGUUUAGUGUUUUCUCAACACACCAGGAUGGAGAGUGACUCGUGUGAUGAUAGCCAGAGCGACAGUGGAGUUUCAGCGGAUUUCUCCCCAUGCAGCACUUUGGAUAGCACCACCACCAUCUCUACGGGCUUUUCAGCUGCUGUGCCCAAAGAGACUCCCAUUGAGAGGGAGAUCCGACGGGCUGUAGAGCGGGAACACAGCCUGAGAAGAUCCAGAGGGCUUCCAAAUCCACCUACUUCGCCAGAGUACGUAGAGAUCCCUUUAAGGAAAACUGUUCUCUGCCAGUCAGUAAAUGAUAAUUCUGAGAGGAGUCAAGGCAAAGACAGGCAGUUUGCAGGCAAAAAGAUGCAGCACGAUAUCCACGAGGAGGCCCGGAGGGAACAGGAUCUGGUCCAGCUCGGGAAAAUUCCAGGUUUCUAUGACAAAGGCACUGUACGCGAAGUCAAAGAGAGGAAACAGCUUUUUGAGGCCUUUCAGAAACCAAGUGACUCAACUUUGACUCUGUCAGCCCGGAGUAAGGCCACGUCCUGGUCCUCCGCCAGUGACAUUUCCACCCUGGAGAACCAGGACGACGUCUCAUCGCAGGCAUCCACCAUAGGAGGCUCAUAUGCGGACAGGAUUCCCACACAGAGCCCAAGCUUAACCAACGGAGGGGGGGCCUCUGUCCGGACUCCAAGAGGACCGGGUUUCUCUGAGGGGACGGCCUGUCAGGUCAUCAUCCUAGAGAACAAUCUGAGUGUUCCAGCACAGAGGCUCUGCAACGCCAGAAAUGAGGCAAAGCCCGUCACCGUGGUCGACUCUGGACUUCCUAACAUCUCAUCAUCCAGGACGGGAGGAUAUAGUGGGAUUAAAGUGCCAGAGGAGGAGGAAGACGAGGAGGCACCCAAGGAGAACCCCUUUUUCAAGCUGCGCUCCUCGACAAAUUUAAUUAAAGUGGAGAAGGACAUCCGGGAGGCUCAAGAGAGGGAACAGGAGCUUCACAAGCAGAGGGUCAGUCUGUAUGGGGGCACAGGAGGGCGGGUAGGAGGAGGAGGGGGGCCCGUCAGCACGGAGGGAAAGAGAACCACCUUGUCUUCUUCUUCAUCACUGAAUGGUCAGGCUGUUCCUGACUUACCUGGUUCGUCAUCCAGAGGGGGAACUAGACCCACAGCAGCGCGCCAGUCAGUUGGCAAGUUGGGCAUGUGGCCCCCGGCCCAGGCUGAAGAGGAGAGGAUUGACCGGCCAGAGGUCCUCCAGAGUCCCCGGACCCCGAGACAGAAGACCCCUCUGGUGCAACGCUGGGAGUCAGGCCUAGUCAACGGACACAACAUGGAAGACGACUGAGGAGACGUUAAUGGAACAAAAAAACUGAAGUAGGGAGGAAGGUGUACAAGAGACUUGUAGUUUAUUUUUAAGUGGAGGGCUGAAAGACUGAGAUAAAAGAAAAACAAAGGAGAGCAGAGGAAGGAAAGUGGGAGCAUACUAGAGGAGGAAAGGGAGAAUGUGAAGCGAGAAAGAGGUCAGGGAUUGAGGCUACAAAGGGGGUCAGGAGGAUUGGGAGCAAGGAAAAGGAUUGGUGGUGGACCGAAAACCCUGAAGAGUCCUUUAUCAAGGAGGAGGAGGAGGGUCACCUAUUAGUGGAUAAUCCCUUGUCUUGUUUCUGGUGCUGGAAAACUCUGAGACUAAUGAAUGUAAAAAGGCAAAGAAAUAAUACCACUGCACUGGAGAAAAGAAAAAUGUAAAUUUACUAAGAAUGCAAUUUUCCCACUUUAAUGAAGUUCUUUACCAUUGGAUGUUUUGGAAUAAUAAUUAGUUAUUUGUUGAUGAAAAUAGCUAGAGUGAAACAUUUUUCCAGCUAGAAAAACAAUGCGUCCCUGAUUUAAUCUCUUCAGUGAUGUCUGACACCGAGUCGCUUGUUUAUUACACCUGUUCAAUCUAAUGAAGUCCCAUAUAACAGUUAGCCAUGCAAUAAAUCCCACCUUUGUGUAUCUCAGUCUAUUAUUGACAGUGUGUCAGAGAGCUGUGGAUUCAACUGUAUGUCAGCGGUGGGUUUGUAUUUGACUGCAUAAUAAUGAAACUGCAUUUGCAUAUAUGAAGAGACAUAACGAACAUAACGAGUCCAGAGCAACAGCAACACUCACUAAAAAAUGACCUGCUUCACAAAGAUAAUUAGCCUCAGCGCUAUUGUGUUCCUUAAAAUCUGGAAACUCAGUGCAUGUAGGCCAGUGAUCUGAAUUAUUGCAGCAUUCAUAAUCCAUGAAUGGCUCCUUGUUUAGUUUUUUUUCCAACAUCCCCACUGAAAACUGGAUUAUGUUGCAUUAAAGCACCUUCUUGAUGACGGAUUUCAGAGCCGAAUGAUGCCACAUAAAGCACACUUAAUACUCAAAUAAUAGCUGCUCUGUUGUUUAGA